AUGGGAGACGAAGAACCCUCCAAAGACAUUCCAACGGCUGUAUCACCAGCGCCCUCAACCAGCACUCCUGUCCCAACUCUUCAAAUCAGAGAUAAUGGAGGUGCUGGGAGUUCCAGCUCAGGGCUGGGAACCUCCUCAAGUGUUGGAGAAGAUGAUGGGCCACGAGUUAGAUUCAGCGAUAAAACAAAGGCCAUAUUGGAAGAAUCAGAGCUGCUUCUAAAAGAACAGCCAACAGCCUCGGUUCUGCUCGGACUUGGGUUACCAUCUUCAGCGCGAGCUACAACAUCCAGAUAUGGGCUUGAUCGCGAUGAAACCGAGGAUCAACCGUCUUCAUCUAGUUACAUUUCCACCCUUCGAAAUCCCCUGGAACCAUCACCCUCUCUGAGCUAUCUUUCAACGCAUCGAUACGCGAUGAAUCGACCGACUUUCAACCGAGUCGAUUUUGAUGAUGUUGUUGACGAUGCUAUACGCGAUAGGAAACCAUCAUGGCAACAAAUGCAGGAUAGCGUUAAGGAUUCUUACGCAAGGGUAAGUUGAAUCGAACGCGUUGAUUGUAAUCCUAAUGCCGGGUUUUAGCCAAAACGAACAGUCGACCGAAACAAGGACAUCAACGAAUUUAUGGAUCUCAAUGUAUUAAACCGCCGCCGUUUACGCCGCUCCCAAUCUCCCUUCGGUAAUCUGGACGGUGAGAGUUUAUCCCUUCGGAAGCCUUCGUGGUUUGCCAAUGGAGCAAUGGAACCGCGAGGAUUACGAAAGACUGCGUCCUCUGCGUAUGUUCAACCUGGACCAUAUGCCGCGCCGGCUCUGAGUAAAACCAGCGGCAUUGAAUCAAGGUCCAGAUACGACCAAAUGGUCGACGACAUUGAAGUCAGACUUCUGAAGACAACAUUGCUGCCUGAGUAUAUGAAAACGGUGACAAAAAGAGAAUUCCGAAGGGCGCCGGAGCCAAGUUCGGGAAGUGCUGCUGAAGGAAUCGUCAAUGAAGAUGAGCUGGCGGUAUGUUUCAAAUUAUUUAAUUUUGCUGGCAAUGAAUUUGUGAAUUGCGACGGUUCUCUGUUUCAGGAGUACGCGCCAAAGCCCUACUACAGCCGCCCGAAUAGGCGAGAUCCCGAUUACUUUGACUCUGAUCUCGAGCAUUCUGUUAACAUGUACCGAAGACCUGAGGGCCGCUACUAUCCUCGAGGGUAAGUUGUUCUCCCAAAUUCUAACGUCGGAUUUUUUUUUCGAAUUUUCUAAGUCUCCCAAAUUUAUAAGGUUUAAUUGGAUCGUAAAAGAAUCCCGACUUCAUGACUGAGAUUUUAGCCCACAAGACUACGAACACAAGAUUAUGCAUGAGUUGGGAGGCAAAGGUGAAGCCCCGAUCUCAGCCCACAUGUUCAACAAUACGGUGGGAGAUUGGAGAAACACCGGGACAUCAUAUUUGAGUGCUGCUUUGAGAACGCCAUCAUUUUGGGAACACCGAUUCAAAAAUAUUGGCUCUCAAGUGCGGGAUUCCAAUCCGAUCAGCCUGGAUAGUCUUAACAGGUAAGAAAUUAGCAAGGGUUACUGUGAAGGUGGCUAAAAUUGUUCUUUAUCAUAAUAGUUUAAAAAAAAUUUUAAAAUAUUUUCAGAAACCGGCCCCAGCCCAAUCGAUUCACGGAAUACAAGGACCCCGACUUAGAAGGUCUCAGCGAUUUAGAUGACGAUUAG